AUGGCUAAUCCAAGUUCUCCAUCAUUAGUUGACAUGGUGAAGCAAGUAGCAGAACAACAGAAUACACAAACGUCUGAAAUAGACAAGAGCAAAAAUGUCCUUUCGCAGUUGCAGACUCAACUUCAGGAUCUUGAAAUACAAAUUAAUUACGUUGCAUCAGAAAGAAAGGCAACAGAAAGGCAAAUUUAUCAUCAAGAUGAAGGCAUAACAAAUACAAAAGAUCGUUGUGAAAAACUGGAGACUCAGAUCACAGACUUGUAUGUUGAGAAUGUAAAGUUGAUAUUUGACACACAAUCUUUUGAAGAAGAUUUUAAAUUGAUAUUUCUAAGAAACAGCAUCUACUAUGAGAAAAUAGCUGCCCACAGAGACCAUUUUGAGGCCGUAGAAAGCAAAUUGCCACUCGUGAUUGAGCUCAUGAAAAAAAGAGCUGCAGUCAAAGAGAUGAUUACACACAAGGAGGAACUAAUGUCUGCUCUUCAGAAUCCAGAUGUAAAUGCUACUAAUCCAAUCCAGGAUGAAAUUGCAUGUUUGGAAAGUGAAAUUAAUGUACUGAAAGAAGCUAUCAGUGAAAAAGAAAAUGCACUUCGAGAUGAGAAAAACAUGCAUGCUAGGCUUCGAAAAGAAAUUGAGGUACAGAAUAAAAGAUAUGAAGCUAUACUAAAACGUCUUCAUUGUCAAGUGAACAAGCUGCAAUCCAGCAAAAGACAGUGGCACUGGAACAUUCAACAGAUGGAAGAAAAAGCAGUGGAACUAAAGAAGCUCCUUGGAGUAACUGAUUGA